AGUUUCUUCUCUCUUGACAGACAGGAACAUAAUCAGUUUCCUUUCCCACUUUUGACUCUUACAAUGACUUAUGCUAUGAGACAAAUUAGCAUUUUGCUUGUUUUAUACCACUCUUCUUACCAGCAAAGUGGAUCUUCCGAAAACGAUCCUACUGAUGAUGAAGAAUUUGACUGUGAAUCCUUACACUGUUUUUCUCAGCUAGGAGAAAAUGGAUUGAUGCCAAAUCAUACUCUGUCAUGCCAAAUGUCUGAAAACAUAUCCACAAACCAGAAGCUUUUUUUGUGUAGUGAAGACGAAGAAGAAGAAGAAGAAGACAAAUGUUCUAAGAUGGUCUUUAAGAAACAUCGAUGGUCUAAGACUAAACCAUUUAAUAUUAUAACUAACUAUAUCAUCAAGCAAUUAAAUCAGAACAGCAACCAAUUUUGCAAAUAUGAUCUCAGAAAAAUUGUUAAGCCAGACCCUCCUUUUGAUGUAAAUGUCACUUACCAGGAAGACGCUGAAGAGUUUCUUGUUCGUUUUAAAAUCCAAAAAAUUAUGAAUCCAAAUGACAACUUAUUUCAUGAAGUUGUUUAUCAAUGCAAGGGUUCAGAAAUGAAGAAUAUAAGCAACCUGAAAAUUGAACAGCUGAAGUUACUAGGGAAAGACCUACAACCAAACUGCAACUACAAACUGAAGGUUCGCACCAUUCCAAAUGGGGAUUAUUUUAGUGGAUUCUGGAGUGAGUGGAGCCCUGAGGUGAAUUUUUCAACUCCAUCAGCAAAAGGUAACUAUAUUUGGAAUGAUGCACUGCUACCUGUCAGUGUUUCUACUAGUGCCUGCGUCAUUUUUGUUAUUAUUAUUCUGAUCUACAUUUACUGGGACAAUAGAAUCAAGCCCUGCAUUUGGCCUAAUAUUCCCACUCCUAAAGGCACUCUGGAGCAGUUGUAUAGGAAACCAAUAAAGGAGGCAUGUAUAAAUUUCACUGAUGAAUGCUUCAUAGAUACUACUAUUGACAGAGUAGAAAAGAUAGGAACGGAAGAAGUUAUGACUCGUCUUCUUAAUCCUUCAGCUACAGAGGACACUGGCCUGGAGGUCAGUCAUGACAAGGAAAAAGCAAAGGAGUAUUGUCAUCAGAUGAACUGUGAUGCUACAUUCAAGACUGUUUCAGUAACACUAGAUACCCAGGAGACACUUCAUACAUCUGACAAUUUCGCCAAGAGCAAGGAAAACGUUAGUCAUGAGGUGAACAGCAAACUAUCCCAUGGAAUAAAAAGAAAUAGUGCAGGUGAUAGCAAGCCAAGUGGCAGUCCCCAGAUGACGUUCCCUUCAGAAGACAACUCUGCUAUAUGUUCUCAGCAAUUAUCUGGAAAUCAAAGUCAAACUGAAGAAGAUGUUCCAGCUGACAACCUAUCAGCCCUUCCAGAAGUUUCUAUAAACAAUGUUACACACACCACUGUCCAUGAUGAAGCUUAUGUUACUAUGUCAAGUUUUUACAAAACCCAGUAAAGCUGCAAAAAUUCAUUUUCAGAAAUUACCUCUGUGCUUAAGAGUCAUAAUAUACUCAUUUUAGAAUACUGGAAGUUCAGCUGUCAAUGUGAUUUAUCUGAAUUUGCUGACAGGACUAACAGAAUGUACUUCUCAGAAUCAUUUUUAUCAGACAGCCAGAACAUUAGAGGGUUGAUGUCACUAUUCUACUCCAGUAAGAGAAACAUUUUACAGAAGAUAACAUAGCUGCAUAAAAUAAACAUUAUUCUGUUUGAAAACAAAGCUGCAUGAAAAUAAACAUUAUCCUGUUGGAAAACAAAGCUGCAUACAAAUAAACAUUAUCCUGAUGGAAAACAUAGCUGCAUAAAAAUAAACAUUAUCCUGUUGGAAAACUUCAUACUAAAUCAGCUGCUAAACUCGGUCAUUUUCAAUACUUGGGUGAACUCAGGAUUAUAAAAUGAAAUGGAAAUGAUGUUAUGUAUUAUUCUGUCUUAAUGAAAAUAAUGUAAUUGUGGAAUGUGUAGCAAAGCAAAAAUUGUGAUGUAUAAGUCAUAUUAGAUUGUGAAUAUUAUUUUUGACUAGUUUCAUCUAUUAAUCAAAAAGAUUUAAUGGACACCAUUGUCCUUUUCCUAGGUUACCUGGUGAGCUUUUAGAAACCAUGCCUCUCAAAGUGUUUUCUAUGAUAUUUUUUUAACAUUUUUAAUUGCAGAAAAAUGGAAAGUCUGUGUAAUGUUUAAUUUGAAUGAGUGCAACUCAGGUGUGCAAUAACUCUUAAUGUUCUAGAGGGGCUUGAUUACUUAAAAUGUAACAUAAUGAUGUGGAAACAGAACUCGCAGCUUUCUAAGCUUCUGGAAACAAAUGUGAGUGUGGCAUGCUGUGUCAUUAGCAUUGCCCUGUGAUAUUUCAUACUGUAUUUACCUAAUAAUGUUUCUAUUUGUUUACCAGGGAGGGUUCUGGUCCCAAGACCCCUUUCUUGCACAACAUGGGCCAGAAGGCCAGUGAAGUACAAUGCAAAUAAAAACAUUACAGUAAAUUAGAAUAGGUUGAAAUACAAACAGCAAUUACAAACUAUCUAAGAUAGUGACACUUUUUACAUUAGCUGCAAAAGUUGAAUACAAACUGUAGUCAAUAUAAUUGUGGUAGAAGUAUAAAAGGAUAUAAUUCAUGAGCAUUGCAAAAGUAAGGUUUGGUCUAUAGGGUGGUAGUCUUAAGGUGUUAGUUAAAGUGACUAGGAGUAAAAAAAUAAGAAAAGCAGGAAACAGAACAGUUUUACCUGAAAUACUAAAAUACAAAUGUAAGGCUGAGGAAAAAAAAAAGAGUAAUAUGUAUUAUUUCAAAGCAUCAGGAACUAGCAGGCAAUAACAGAUAUGCUGUACAGUGGAAAAGCUGUAGCUGCCACAUAAAUAAAGGGUCCAGUUUUAUAUUAAGAGCAUGAAAGUGCUAUUUAAUGAGUUUUACAGAAUAACUAUUCAGGCAAUAGCAGUGCUUCAUUGCUAUAUUAAAAGGACAUUGUCACUAUGUCUACAGCAAAGAAAGAGUUAUCCUACAGGCUAUUAUUAGGUUAAAUGCUGCUGUUUCUAUGCAUGCUUUUGUGUGGGUGUGGGUGUCUGUGUGUGUGUCCAUGUUACACAUACACAUAUAUUAACACACACACAAAACCAGAAAGGAAAAUACAUGAUGGCAUUCUGAAUUUGGUAAUUUGAUUAGAAUGACCUGCAAGUUAUAAUUACCUGAGUAAUCCAUCAUUUGGUCUCUAGGAUGGUUGUGUUAAGGUGUUAGUGAAAGUGGCUAGGGGGUCAGAGGGAGUUAAAGCUGGAUCUGAAUAUUCACAGCACGUUUAUUGUAUUAUUGUUGUCUCUAUAAUUUUUGAUGUAGACUUGCUCUGUGUAAUUUUCUGUGAAGAAGGGGUAUAACUUUUACACGAUUUUCAAUGAAAAAUGUGACCUAAACUUGAUGUAAUGUGUGGAUGUGUCAUAGCUGCUAACUACACAUUUUGUAGAAAGAAAAAAAAACUAACUUGUUUUACAACAAUGCAGAACUCUAUGAUUGGUCAAAGGUUUAACUAAAAUCGCACAAUAGUGUAUGAAAAACAGUGAUAUCAAUUUCAAAAAUCAUUAAAAAGAAGUAAUUAUUCAUUGCUA